AUGCCCUGUUCGCCUGGUCAGAAGCUGCAAUUGGCACUUCCUCUUCUAAGAACGUGUCGGCAGAUCUAUUCUGAAAGUAUCGAAUAUCUCUACAAAAGCAAUGAGUUCUUCAUGUCCACAGACUUGGAAGACUUUCCAACAGCAGGCUAUCUCUGCUACUUCUUCCAGCCCCAACGUAUCAUGCAAGUCAGCAAUCUCAAUAUCGAAUGGGACCUUGAUCGCAAUCAAUACUUCCAAGUCAACUUGAUGCCUGCGCAUCACCGAGUUGAGUGGUACAGAUUGUGGGAUGGGCUCAGUAAGAUGACUGGUCUCAAGAGAUUGCGCAUCAAGUUGUACUUCUGUCUCGACCUCUGGCAGGGAUGCUAUGGCGAAUUCUGGGAACAGAACAGCAAGGAGAUUUUGCAGCCUGUCAAGAAGAUCACGGCCCCAAGAGACUUUGUCAUCACUCUUCCGAAUUGGCGAUGCUCGACUGAUAUCGAUACCGGCGAAUCCAACUGCGUCUUUCAGCUACCAGAGAGGGACGACCAGGAAAGUAGCGCGUCCUGA